UGACUCGUAAUGCGCAUGCUCCAUGCUAGCGACCACGUGACGAGCCGGUACUGAGUGUUUUUAGAGCAUUUGUAACACGAGUUUAGCAGUAAUACUAUGGCUUCUGGAGACGAAACGGCGACCAAAGAAAAGAAAGAAACGACAACAGAGGAUAAGAAAGAAGAAGACAGUGAAGAAAAUGCUGUAGCAGUUUCUAAAAAGUAUAUGAAGCAUCCACUUCAGAAUCGAUGGGUCUUAUGGUUCUUCAAGAAUGACAAGUCCAAAUCAUGGGCAGCUAAUUUAAGGAACAUUACCUCUUUUGAUACUGUGGAGGACUUCUGGGGAAUAUAUAACCAUAUACAACAAGCAAGCAGAUUACAGCCAGGCUGUGACUAUUCAUUAUUCAAGGACGGAAUUGAACCUAUGUGGGAAGACAAGAGAAAUAAGGAUGGUGGACGCUGGCUUAUAAACACAAAUAAGAAUCAGAGACAGAGUGAUCUUGAUAGAUUCUGGCUAGAGACGCUGCUGUGCCUUAUAGGAGAAGCCUUUGGUGAAUACUCUGAGGGUGUUUGUGGUGCUGUUGUCCAAAUUCGUAACAAGGGUGACAAGAUUGCUGUAUGGACAGGGAAUGCUACUGAUGAAGAGGGAACAAGAAGGAUAGGGCAAGUUUUCAAGGAAAGGUUAGGACUUCCACCAAAAAUGUUCAUAGGAUAUCAGGCUCACCAAGACACAAUGACCAAGACAGGAUCCACCACAAAGUCCCUAUUCUCAGUAUGAUGAACCCUAUCAACAAAGCUUCAAUAUUUUAUGAAGACUAGGAGGUAUUAUAUUUAAUGCUACGUCCAAUAAGCCAAGCUCUUACUCUACCCAGCCAAAGAUCUUUCAUAUUGCCAUCUAGGAGUUUUUAUCAUCAGCAUGUGCUUCAUUCUUGAUCUUAUUAAAAAUGAUCUUAGCACACUAGUGUAUAAUAAAAAAAGUUUAAUUUAUGGGGAAUUUUUUAGUUUAAUCAAGAUGCACAGUUUUUCCUGGAAUUACCCUAUGAGCUUUCAAAAGAUAACAAUGUGAUGAUAAGCCAAAGAUGAAAAACUCUAAAUAUGCAAUUCUUGACUUUAUGGAAUAUCUCCCACUGGGUUGAAGUGAGGUGGAUGAAAGGAAGAUAAGUUGUGUGUGAGGCUAGGCAGUUGUUGUUGCUAGCAAGUGAGUGACAGAAACUCUUAAUUCUUGAAGAACUGUCAUCAAUGCAUCAUGGAUGUGUUAUUCUUUAUAAACAUGUUUGUGUGUAUGUAGUACUGAUAAGUGUCAAAUGUGCUUUGUAAGGUGACAUGAUUGUGGCAGCUUAAAGGCUGACCGUUUAAUUCUUAAUUUAACUAAAAAAAUCUUGGUCAACACCCCCCCUUCCUUCGAAAAUUAUAUGGUCAACCCCUAAAGGGUGUUGUCUGAUACUAGACCCUCAUCUUGCUUUGGCCUCUAAGCCCCUUAACUUGGCAUGGCCAAUAUAUACACCAGUAAGUAAUUAUUAUGAUGAGUGUCUUUUAUUAGAUAAACCAUGAAGACAAUGAAUAACAGCGCCUUUAUCAAGUAGCUAAUAACUUAGCCCACUAUGGUUAUUUUAUAACCUACUUUAUAAAAGCUGUAUAAGGGCAUGUCUUACCGUUCUUGAUCGAUGUUUUAUGAUAUUAAUGGUGUAUGCUGUACUAGAUAUGAACCUGGCAAGGAUUCUAAGAAUAUAUUUUUGUCGGCAAAAUUCAAAACUAUUUUAAGGCUACUAAAGAAGUUACAAGAUGAGUACCAUAUAUUGAAGCUUCCCUUUUAUUUAGCUCUGUUGGGUGUUAUUAGAUAUAAUGUUGAUUGUUGUGAAAGGAUUUAACGCAGAGAUUAAAUUUUUUUCUUUGACGAUGUCUGAGCAGGUAUAGGAACCUAGAGACCACCCUUUAUUUUUUACGUAAGUUGUUUGGGAAUGGAAUUUUUUCAUAGUUAGCUUAAUAAGACGGUGCCAUUCGUAUUGUGCAAACGCGUGGCCCGCAGUUCCACCAUCGAAUAAGUGUUCUUCUAACUUUUCCUGGAAAAUUCACGUUUUUCUUGGAAUAAAUUAACAGUUAUUUUGGAAGAACUUCAGUAUGAAGGGUGUGAAGACGACCUGUUUCAAUUAGGCUCAGUUCAAACGUCGUAUUAUCCAUGAGCCGUAUUCAAUGCAAAUGUUUGCAAAUGAAUCAAGUAGAUUGUUUCACCUUUAUUUGCAACAUUUGCAUUGAAUACGGCUCAUGGAUAAUACGACGUUUGAACUCAGCCUUAGGUUCGUUAACAACUAUAGAGUAUAUACAUUACAUUAAUCGUAUGCUUUCGCGUUAAUAUGUGUAUUGUCUUAUUUGUGAUUCCUAUUGUUUGUGAUUGCUUGCUAAUGCAUUAGGUAAAGUAGCGCAAGAAAAUAGUAUUUUUGUGCACUUUUGAGUCUACCAUUUAAAAUUUAAACGUAGUUCAUGUGAAUCAAUGUGUUACACUUUGUAAGCGAAACUCUUAUUUCACCAAUAAAAUAAACAGAUAUCGUA